UCAAACUCAAAAUGUUUUUAAAAAGUAUCUUCUUUUUGAUUGCAGUCGGUCUGAGCUCUGCAAAUGAAUUACGUCGGCCCGAAGGACGAAUUAUUGGAGGUACAUAUGUGCCCAUUGAAGAUGUCCCUUGGCAAGUUGCUCUAUUAGUAGGUACAAGUCAUAUAUGCGGUGGAUCCAUCUACAAUAAAUGGACUAUUCUGACUGCCGCCCAUUGUGUCUAUGGGGAGAUAACAGAACACGUUUCUAUCCGUGCUGGCUCUUCACUAAAAAAUUUCGGUGGUCAGCACGUUAACGUUUCCAAAAUUAUUAUCCAUGAAGAAUUUAACAAGGAAACUUUGGACAACGAUAUUGCUCUCCUUAUACUAGAAAAACCUCUUGAUACGAAUAACACAUUAAUCAAGCCAAUCGAACUUGCCCAAGAACCUCCGAGUCCAGGAACUAAUGUUCUGGUCACUGGAUGGGGAUCUAUGUACAGUAAACCUCUUGACUUUUAUCCGCAAAUAUUACUUGGAGUAAACCUAACCGUUGUGGACACUGCCAGUUGCCGAGAGAAGUACAACCUAGAACUUCCUAAACCCGUAGUUUGUGCACACCAAAGCGGCAAGGACUCCUGCCAAGGUGAUUCCGGAGGUCCUUUGGUGACCUGGCCCAACCCCAAACUGGUUGGUAUUGUGUCUGGAGGACCACACAAUUGUGCAACAACUUAUCCUGGAUUUUAUACUGACGUUGCGUCAUUCAGGGAUUGGAUUCUAAAAACCAUUAACAAACUUUAUUAA